GUAACGAUUGAACCGUCCCGUCAUACCUCGCGUGGCCAACGGCUCUCUCCACCGAAAGCUCGCUCAUUGAAUUGCUGUUGUCAGUCUGUUCAGCUCGAUUUAGUUAAAUAAUUCGGAGCACACCAGGUCGGACUAGCUAAUUAAGCAUCUGUUAUUUGACACAGACUUUCCUGGCCUUCUGUUUGUCUAACUGCGGCGGUGGGGCGUGCUUUCCUGGACUCGCUGGCUGGGUUUGGUCGGGGAGGCAGGGGAAGUACGGAGCUGGUCCCGAGUGAUGAUGGAGCUAGAGUCGGCCAGUAAUAGAGGCGAGCUGGGAGCUGUGGGGGACUCGCUGCAGCCACAGACUCCCAGCAGGCACGAAAAGAGCCUGGGACUGCUGACGACCAAGUUUGUGACUUUACUACAGGAGGCGAAGGACGGAGUGCUGGAUCUGAAAGCGGCUGCAGACACCUUGGCAGUGCGGCAGAAACGCCGUAUCUAUGAUAUCACCAAUGUUUUGGAGGGAAUUGGACUGAUCGAGAAGAAGUCCAAGAACAGCAUCCAAUGGAAGGGUGUAGGUCCAGGAUGCAACACCAGAGAGAUCGCCGACAAGCUAAUUGAUCUGAAGGCAGAGCUAGAUGACCUGGCUCUCAGGGAAAAGGAGCUGGACCAGCAGAGAGUCUGGGUCCAGCAGAGCAUCAAGAAUGUCACAGAUGAUUCUAACAACAGCCCUAUGGCUUAUAUAAAACAUGAUGACCUCUGUGGAGCUUUCAAAGGUGACACGCUCCUAGCCAUCCGUGCUCCCAUCGGCACACAACUAGAGGUCCCCAUACCAGAAUCUGUCCUCAACGGACAGAAGAAAUACCAGAUCCGUCUCAAGAGUUCAUCUGGUCCCAUCGAGGUGUUGCUGGUCAAUAAGGACCCGUCCAGUGCCUCUCCCGUUGUUUUGCCCGUCCCUCCUCCAGAUGACAUCCUUCAAAACCUCCCAGCACCGACACCUACCUCUCAGCCGCCUACUGCGGCCUCCCAGGUUUCCAAAGCCGCUCCAGCAACGUCUACAAAACCUGGUCCUGCCACAUCGUCGGCUACAGCAACCAACCAGACAGCCUCAGUGACAGAAGUGACGAGCACCACGCCACUCACACCAACAUCAGAAACUCCUGCUACAGUUACUCAGCAACUACAGUCUUCUGCCUCGUUGGAUGGAUCAGCCUCUUCUGCCUCUGCACUAUUUGAACCAAUUAAGUCGGAUCCCUCUGAAUUGCUGGACUUUCCCAAAGAGCUCUCUGAUAUGUUUGAUCCAACAAAAGAGAUCAUGAGUGGAGACCUUUUGGAGGACUUGAUGUCAUCAGAAGUGUUCUCGCCUCUCCUCCGUCUGUCCCCUCCACCCAGCGACCACGACUACAUAUACAACCUGGAUGAGACAGAAGGCCUUUGCGACCUCUUUGACGUGCCCAUUCUCAAUCUCUGACCCCUGAGAUUGUUGUCAUAUUGGGAAACAGUUACCCAAACAUGCUAAUCUACCUUCAUUUUUCUCCAAGUGUUCCCCCUCACUGACAGUGAAGGUGAGAAGAGGUGCAGGGAAGCCAAUAUGAUCUGAUGAGCGUUCAAGGACACCUCUGCACUGACAUGAUGAGCUCAAGCUGAGCUCAGUCAGACAGUAGCUCGAUGUACAGCCUCGUGAAGAAAUACAGGCGAGAACAAAACAUUUUAUUUACUGCUUUUCCAAGGAAACCAAGUCAAAACAAAUGACGAAUAAUUAUAUUUUUAGAUUGUUAUGUAUGAUAAAGCGUUUGUGUAGAUAUGUUUGUAUAUCUGCUUUCCUGUGUGUACGUGAGCGAACAUGAGUAUGCAUACUUUGCGUGAGUGUGCUUGUGCGUCUCUGUGCGUGCUUGAGUUUUGUAUUGAAUUCUCUCUUAACUUCAGAUGUCUCCAGGAGAAAAACAGAAAGAGAAACCCUUUCCCUGUCAGGUAAAGAGUCAUGGCAGACUAACAGAGCACAGCCUUUGUCACCCGGCAGCUGCUAAUGCAUGGCUUGAGUCCAAACACAGCUGGUUAAAUAUGCACUGUCCUCAUGUACAUAGAGAAUAUAUAUUUUGUAUUACCAGCAGCAAACAAAACUAUUGUGUAAUAAUGAACUACAUUUGUAACACAGGCAGAGCAAUAGUUUGCAAAUAAACAAAGGUUCCAGAUAAAUAAUCCUGUAUGAAGUGCUUUGUUUUGAAUAUUGGGGAUUGGUCUUAAUCAAACCUUUCUGAUUUGGAAAGUUGUUUUUGAACCAGUUAGAGAAAGAUCUUAAUGUUGAGUUACCGCAGCCAAAAGAAAUUGUGAUGUAUAGGGCUAAGGACCAAGACAAUGCAGGGAGUUGUCUAAUCUAACAGGUUCAAUACUGGCACUUCUACACUGAGAGGUUUGAUUAGAAAAAAAAACAGGCUUGCUUUCAGUUUGAUUUUGCCUCUGGACUUUUGAACCUUACAAGUUUUUGUAGGCUCUGAUUUAAUAUAUAACUUAACUGGAGUACGUCAGACGAAAAGCUUUCCCCCCCUCCAAAAUGAGUUCUGUGGCAAUUUGUCUUUCAAUUAUUAUGUAUGUAUAUGAAUACCAUUGUACUCAGUUCAUUUGUAUGUAAAGGGACAUGUAUGUAUUUUUUACUGAUGCACUGAAUAUUGUCACGAUGUCAUGGAAAACGCUCCUGAUAUUGUUUGUAUAUUUGGCAAAGAUCCCCAAUUCAGCCGUUUAAUUCCAAUGUUCUUUCUGUUUCUCGUAAAUGAAACGCUGCCUAUCUCUAAAUUACAUUUUCCAAUUCUGAUCAUUCGCUCUGUGCAGGAGACGGGUGAGUAGCAGUUCACGAUGGGUGUUACUAAUCAGACUGUUUAAGUACAACAUCGACAUUAUUCAUAUUCUACAGUGCUUAUUUUGGUGCGAUAAUCUCCUGUUUGGCCCGGGAUGACGUAUGUUUGUACAGUAUACGGUUUAUAUUCCUCUACUGCUUGUAUAGAAUAGCAUUUAUUUUUAUACCUGAUAGAUGUAUUAUUACUGCUACUAAUUUGGGGCUAUACUUCAAACUUUUAAAAUUAAUCCACAAACCCUUCUGCCUAAUAAAAGCAUCCUGUCUCAUUGUUGCACUUUACUUCACUGUGGACAGUUUGGUUGCUACUCAUCCACUCCCAAUCAGUAGUUGUUGUGUUUGGACAGUGUUGAGUUUGCCUAAUUCUUCAAUAAAGCAGCUGUGUGUGUGUGUGUGUGUGUGUGUGUGUGUGCGCGUGCGUGCCUCAAUCCUACAGACAUGUCAAAUGAAACAAUAAACACUCUGGUAUUCUUUAUGUAAGGUCUUGUUUCCUUCGUUUUGAAUUUAAGUAAUGUGCCACUUUGUUGAUGUGUCAGCGAAGGUUUCCGAUCAGUGUGGAUGCUGUUACAGUAAGUUCAGUUGAGGUUUGUGAAAUGGCGCUCAGAUAUGUUGUUGAUGUGAGUUAGUCAUUAAAUUAUUAUUUUA